UUCCUCCAGGUGGACGCUCUUCGAGUGUUUGUCCGCUCCAAUUCCGAUGAUCUGGAGUUCCCCGUCCUCUUCGUGGUCCGCCAGCAGAAAGCGGUGCUGUCAUGGCAGAUCCCCCUCGCCUUCAGGGGAUAUUAUCACAUGACCUACACCUACCAGGACGUCAGCCGCACGCUGUGCCCCACCCACCCCGCGGGCCAGGCUCCGCCCUCCGAUCAGCUGAUGUUCAUCGACAUCGCCUCCAUGGCGCCCUCUAGUGUGGAGUACGAGCUCAUCGUCACCCGGCUGCUCAACUUCGAACUCCAGACGGGAGUUCCUCUGAAUUUCAGCGCGUCGCCGUCCCAGCCUCAGUAUUUCCUGUACACGUUCCCGGAAGGUGUGAACUCCGUGAUGAUCAAGGUUCGCUCGGCAGAGACCUUUCCCUGCACCGUGGUCUCCGUCCAGGAUAUUGCGUGUCCCGUCUACGAUCUGGACCACAAUGUGGAAUUUAAUGGCGUCUACCAGUCUAUGACAAAGAAGGCUGCGAUAACCAUCCAGAGGAAGGAUUUCCCUAAAGGGCAGUUCUAUAUCGUGUUUGUCAUCAAACCAGAGGAUUAUGCCUGCGGAGGGACGGUCCCAGCGGCCUCAGUCGGUAAGAUGCUGCUCUCUGCUGGAAAUCACACGUGGAACUUGAAGCGUGUCAAGCACAUUGAAGUCAACAUCAUUCAGUCAAUCAAUAACUCGGUCUAUAUCCACGCCACGCUGCUGUGCUUCCUCUUCUUCCUCAUUUUCUAUUUCGGAGCCUUCCUGGUCUUCUUCGUCGAUCACUUCAGGAGGCAAAAGAAGGGACUGGACUUGGCAGAGAGUCCGGAUGAAGGAGAAGGUACGGUGGCGGCUUCUCACCCCAUCGCUACCAGCACCCCAGAGGGCAGCAGCUACGGAGCAAUAGAUGAGUCCCGCAAGAGGCCAGGAAAAUUUGUCCCACCCAUCCCUCGUCCCCGCGUUUAUUCCGACAGCUCCAUGGACGAAGAGAGUGAUUUCGAUGGCAUUCCAGAAAUGGACAGCGAUAAAAAUGUAAUGCGUGCCAAGACCUUCCUGUAUGUGUCCGACCUCUCCGUGAAAGACCGCCGAACCAUCAGUAAGAAAUACAAGAUUUACCUCUGGAACAUCAUCACCAUCGCUGUGUUCUACGCACUGCCCGUCGUCCAGUUGGUCAUCACCUACCAAACGGUGGUAAAUGUGACCGGAAACCAAGAUAUCUGCUACUACAACUUCCUGUGCGCCCUCCCGCUUGGAGUACUCAGCGCUUUUAACAACAUUCUGAGUAACAUGGGUCAUGUGAUGCUGGGAUUCCUCUUCCUCCUGAUCGUCCUGCGCAGAGAUCUCCUUCACCGCAGCUUGCUUCGGGGCAAAGACGUCUACGCCCUGGAAUACGGCAUCCCCAAGCAUUUCGGUCUGUUCUACACUAUGGGCAUCGCUCUGACCAUGGAGGGGGUACUCAGCGCUUGUUACCACGUCUGCCCCAACUAUUCCAACUUCCAGUUCGACACAUCCUUCAUGUAUAUGAUUGCGGGGCUUUGCAUGCUGAAACUGUACCAGACCCGGCACCCUGACAUCAAUGCCAGCGCCUAUGCAGCCUACGCGUCCUUCGCACUCAUCAUCUUCUUGGCAGUCAUCGGAGUGGUCUUUGGGAAGGACAAUUGGUGGUUUUGGGUGUUCUUCUCCGUCAUCCAUGUGGUGGGGUCACUGGCACUCAGCACUCACAUCUACUACAUGGGGCGAUUCAAGAUUGAUGUAUCUAAUGCAGACUUUGGGAUUUUCCGGCGCAUCUUUCAGAUCCUCUACACGGACUGUAUGCAGCAGUGCACCCACCCUAUGUAUAUGGAUCGUAUGAUUCUCCUUGUAGUCGGGAACAUUGUCAACUGGUUCUUCGCCAUCUUUGGACUGGUUUAUCGCCCUCGGGAUUUCGCCUCUUAUAUUCUGGGCAUUUUCAUCUGUAACCUGCUGCUCUAUCUGGCCUUUUACAUCAUCAUGAAGUUACGCAGCGCAGAGAGGAUCCGCCCGUUACCGCUCUUCUGCAUCGUUGCCACCGCCGGAGUCUGGGCUGCAGCUUUGUACUUCUUCUUCCAGACCCUGAGCAGUUGGGAGGAGACCCCGGCGCAGUCUCGGGAGAAGAAUCGGGAGUGUACUCUCAUGCAUUUCUACGAUGACCACGAUAUCUGGCACUUCCUGUCAGCCACUGCCAUGUUCUUCUCAUUCCUGGUCCUGCUCACCCUGGACGACGAUCUGGAUGAGGUUCGGAGAGACAAGAUUCCGGUCUUUUAGGGAGAGGCGGCAUCGUUUCCUCUCUUCCUUCGUUUUGCCAUCGGCACGCACCCAAAGCCUGCGUCCGAGGCCCCGGAGA